CGCAUCAGUGCAGACUUCGUGAAUGCGUUAAUUGGCGUGAAUCCCGAUGUUGUGUUGUCGAAUAUAAAAACAGUGACUGGUCAGUGGUCACACCACACACUCGUGAGAAAUCCUAUGAUCCAACUGACACCCUGCUGUCCUGUCAACACAGGAUCGCUUGCUUCCAUUGGAGAAAGACAACGGUGCACCAUUUACUGCUUACAGUUUACCGCUGUUGUGACUCGAUAGACAGGUAUCACCAUGCCAAAAGUUGUGUCUAGAAGCAUCGUAUGCUCCGACACAAAAGACCAAGAAGAAUACAGCGAGGAAAAACCUCUGAACGUGUACUAUUGCUUGUGCGGUAGUAUGGCUAUGAUUUUAGAUUGUGCCAUCGAGAAGCUACCUCUGCGUCCAAGAGAUGGGGCACGCGUGAUAGACGGAGCAAAGCACGCUCACAAGCUUUCAUAUAAUGCAGAUGAGACCACUUACAUCAAACGGCAAGAAGGCAUUGAGCGUCAAUACAGGAAGAAAUGCAAGAAAUGCGGCAUGUUGCUCUUCUAUCAACACGAUACCAAAAGCACCGUAACCUUUGUGGUGAAAGGCUCGGUGUUCAGGGCGGGAGAAGGACCACUCAAGGGUGGUGUGGUGCUACAAGCUGCAGUUGAACCCAAGAAGAUUAUGGUUACAAAGCACACAAAGAACAUGGGAAAAUUCAGUUCUGUCACUGUUUCCACCAUCGAUGAAGAGGAGGAAGAGAUUGAGGCCCGAGAAGUUGCCGACUCGUACGCGAACAAUGCGAGAAUCAUCGAGAAGCAGCUGGAACGGAAAGGCAUGAACAAACGCAAGCUUAUGGAACAGGCUGCCCAUGCCGAACAAGAAGCGAAGAAGAAGAUCAUCAGGGGCACGCUUAUAGACAAAUAAUUGGCAACAUUUGUAUGCUUGUACAUAAUAAUGUUUCAUUUCUCAUCUCUGCUAAGGAGUAUUUUGUAAAGAGGAUACACUGUAAAGGACAUGCUUCCAACACAGAGUGCUGACGGGUUGUCCCUGCGCUGGGGAGGGAAGCUUGACGUGACCAAGCGUCUGUUUACUCACAAGGCAGCAUUAAAGGGAGACCUCGCGUGGAUUUGAAAAAAAUUAUGUGAGCAUCAUACCGAACACGGACCCCUCCCUUGACACUGAAUACAGCGAAUUUGCAUUCAUUUUGUGCGAGUAAUUAAUUCGUAAAUGAUGACAAUACCAAACCGAAACCAGAAUGCGAAGUGCACAGUAGUUCGCCCGGAGGAAGAUACUGUGACGUCACCCAGCAUUGUCGUCUGCUAUGAAGCUUGCAUUAUUCCAUGCAGGAUGACGACGGCAGUGUUGCUUUCCGCACCCUCAUGCUUCACAGAGGGGAAGCGCUCACUACGUAAUAAUUCCUGCGAAUAAAACAUGCACACUUUGUGAACACGA